UAAAAAGUGCCACACUACAGACUGCUUAGGCGUAUAGCCUUGACGGACUUUCAAAUUUCACUUUUUUUUAUUUUUACCCUGUUGUAGGGUUUUGUCUGCUUGGGUAGCUACUUUACGUGUCUAUCAGCUUACCAAUGAUUGUUUUGGAUUGGUUUGGUUUUCGCUAUAUUCGACACUUUUCACCGCAACAGUUUGUCUGUGUUAAGAAUUCGACAACAAUGAUUUCCAUUGCGGAAUUAACGUUGCUCACAGAAUUCAGAAAAGCCAAAGGAGCAAAAUAGAUUUAGCUGGGCAAGACCAAAUGAGGCACCAUCUCCAGCAUUCUCAUUCCCGUCUGUGAUCAGUCAAUGGAUAGACCCAUUGCAUUCAACAAUGCAGCACAAAGUUACAUGGGAGAGAAGGCGAGACCAGAUGAAGCACCAUCUCCAUCACUCUCACGCCUGUCUGCAAAGAGUGAUCAGUCAAUGGAUAGACCCACUGGAUUCAACAAUGCAGCACAACAUUAUAUGGGAGAGAAGGCGAGACCAGAUGAAGCACCAUCUCCAGCACUCUCACUCCUGUCUGCAAAGAGUGAUCAGUCAAUGGAUAGACCCACUGGAUUCAACAGUGCAGCACAACAUUACAUGGGAGAGAAGGUGAGACCAGAUGAAGCACCAUCUCCAGCACUCUCACUCCUGUCUGUAAAGAGUGAUCAGUCAAUGGAUCAGCCAGUUGCUUUCAGCAAUAAAACACCUAGUUACAUUGGGUAUGAAAAUCCAAGACCAGCUCAGGCACCAUCUCCUGCAACUUCAUACUUCUCUUUAAAAAGCAACCAAUCAAUGGAUCAACCGAUUGCAUUCAAAGACAGAAGUCAGCCUUACAGCGUUAAACGUCUGAGACCAGAUGAAGCACCAUCUCCAGCACUCUCACACCUUUCUAUGAAAAGUGAUCAGUCAAUGGAUCAGCUAAUUGCGUUCAGCAAUGAAACACCUAGUUACAUUGGUCCAAGACCAGCUCAGGCACCAUCUCCUGCAACUUCAUACUUCUCUUUAAAAAGCAACCAAUCAAUGGAUCAACCGAUUGCAUUCAAAGACAGAAGUCAGCCUUACAGCGUUAAACGUCUGAGACCAGAUGAAGCACCAUCUCCAGCGCUCUCACACCUUUCUAUGAAAAGUGAUCAGUCAGUGGAUCAGCCAAUUGCGUUCAACAAUGAACCCCCUAGUUACAUUGGUUUAAAGCCAGAGGAAGCAUCUCCAGCACCUUCCCUCACAUCUCUUAAAAUUGAGCAUUCAGUGGACCAACCGAUUGGAUUCAGAGAUGAAGCACAGAAUUACAGGGACAGAAGCACACUUUCAGCGACUCUGCUGACAGAGGAUCACUACAAGUGCCCAGUGUGCACAGAGAUCUUUAAGGAUCCAGUUUCCAUGCCCUGUGGACACAGUUACUGCAAACACUGCAUUGAGAUCUACUGGAGCAAACCAACUCAAGCUGGAGGUUACGCUUGUCCUCAGUGCAGGAAGAGGUUCAGAGGUCGUCCUGUGUUGAGUGUAAAUGUUGCUUUGUCUAAACUGAUUGAGGAACUCCAGAAGGCAGGGUUUAGUCCUGCUUUUCCUGCUCACUGUUUUGCUGGACCUGAAGAUGUUCCCUGUGAUAUCUGUGCUGAGAUGAAGCUCAAGGCUGUUAAAUCUUGUUUGACCUGCACUGCAUCUUACUGUGAGACCCACAUCAGACAACACUACACAGUACCAGCACUGCAGAGACACAACCUAGUGGAGGUGAUUGGACUCUGUCUCUUACAAGAAUAUAAAACAAUGUGA